AUGUCUGGAUCUACCAACAAAGGCACCAUUUUUAACGUCCCCGAAGUUACGGGGAAAGAUCAAAUUGCUCUCGAGACAACCGCUGCUGAAGCGAGAUUGAAUGCACCGAACGCUGCUGUUGCGCGUGAGGUGGAACAUAAUGCAGAGGGGGUGAAAGAGGCUGCUCAGCAAGCUGCUGCUCAUGCAAAGGCCGUAGGUAGAUCGUUGACUGGAGAGGCUAGUACAGCUGCAGGCCAGUUCCGUGGCGAUGCUUCCCGGACGACGGAUGCAGCUGUUGAGGAAGGAAAGCAGGAUGUCGAGAAUGUCAAGGCUGCCACUGUUGGAUAUGUCGAGCAGGCAAAGUCAUAUGCUAGCUCUGCUUUGGAGACCGCCCAGGCUUACCUGCCAACAGCUAUAGGAGGAAAAGUCCCUGUUGUCGAUAAUGCCACAAACGCUGCUUCGAAUGCUGCCGCAUCGGUACAGAACACCGCCGCCAAUGCAGGGAAUGCCGCCCGCAGUGGUGCUUCAAACGCAGCCACGACCACCAGCAACGCAGCCUCCAAUGCUGCAACGACAGCUCAGAACAAUGCGUCUUCUGCCUACAAUACAGUUGUAGAUACCGUUCAGCCUGUGGCGAGCAAUGUCGCAGCUACUGUCGAGCCUGUCGUCGCCGGUGUAGCGGCUACACUCCAGCCUGUCGCAGCCUCUGUCGCGUCUGGAGUACAAACCGGCGCCGCUGCCGCGUACAAUGUCGCCAAGGAAAACGCACCUACAGUCGCUUCGCAUCUCCAGAGCGGCGCUGCCACGGUGUUGGGCACUGCCCAUGAUUUGAUCGCUCCUGCUGAAGGCCAGAACGCACCCUCACAUACCGCUGGUCACGAUUCGAAAGGGACAGCGUCGCAGGGUGGGGUACCUGGUGUAACUACAGCACCUCUGGAAUCUGGGAAAUCAAUUGUCGACACGCCAUAUCAAAAGACGGAGGUUUCGCCUUCGAAGAAGGACGUUCAUGCUUCCACAGCCAACGUUUCAACCCCACCUCAUUUGAAUUAA